GAGCAGAGUGAACGAUAGAGCCUGGGUGUCAGGUUGUCAACCGACUACUUUAAAUGACCAUGGCUGACGAGGGCGUUUCGCUGGGCCCUGAAGAUCGUAGACCCCCGACGGAAGACAGCCCCAGUGUUCAAGAUUUGGAGCAGCUCCUGAAUACUGGCAGGUCCUCCUGUCACCACACUGAUGAAGUCUGGCCUAAUCUUUUCUUAGGAGAUCACGUAGCAGCGCAUAGCAGAUUCGACUUAUGGAAAAUGGGGAUUAGCCACAUUUUAAAUGCAGCCCACGGCACUCUCUAUUGCCAAGAGUCGCAUGAUUUUUAUGGUGCAACGAUUGAAUACCGUGGUGUACCAGCUCACGAUCUUCCCAGUUUUGAUAUAAGCCCAUAUUUUUAUUCUUCUGCGGAAUUUAUACACAAGGCUUUGACUACACCCGGAGGCAAAAUCUUUGUCCACUGCGCUUUUGGGAUAAGCAGAUCCUCCUCUUUGGUGCUGGCGUACCUCAUGAUCUAUCAUCAUUUCUCGCUGGUGAAAGCAAUACAGACAGUAAAAGAGCAUCGGUGGAUCUUCCCUAAUCGAGGUUUCCUGAAACAAUUAAGAAAUCUGGACCUCCAGCUAAGAAAAAAUGAACAAAGAAAGAAAUGGAAUGUACAUUUUUAAAAGAAGGAACAUAUCUUGCAGAUGUUCUGUCAGUUGGCACAAUAUGUACCAAAAUUAUUCUUUUAGCUGACUUGCAGAUAUUGCUUCUUGUCAGGUAAAGUUUGCAAUGUCUGCAGAAUGUUGUAUUUAUU